UGCGCGCGUGGAGGCGCUGGCGGGUCGCGCGCGGGUGUCGGUGAGGCGGAGCGCGAGUCAAACUCACAAAAGCGGCUGUUCAUUUUGUCAUUAAACCGAGAAACUCACUGACAGUCACCGUCACCCGACGAGCCGUGUGUGUUUGUGCUUCUGUCAUGCGGUAAAAGCGAGGAGAAACACAGAAACAGGAGGAUCUGUGUGUAAACUCCAGACAUGAACGGAUACAGCGGAGUCACGCCGCAGGCCUCACAGAUGAACGGUCACGGCUCACGGUCUCCAGAUGUUCCUGCCAAAACCUCCGGUGGUAAAGCUCUGUACGAGCAAAGGAAGAAUUACACCAAAAACAGCAUCAACAGCCUGACGGACACGUCGCAGUAUCAUGUGGAGCAUCUGACCACAUUUGUGAUGGACCGGAAAGAGGCCAUGCUGACCAUCGAGGACGGCAUCCGGAAACUGCGUCUGCUGGACGCCAAAGGGAAGGUGUGGACACAAGACAUGAUCCUGCAGGUGGACGGGAAGGCCGUCAGCCUCAUCGACAACGACAGCAAGAACGAGCUGGAGAACUUUCCUCUGGGCUCCAUCCAGCACUGUCAGGCCGUGAUCAACGCCUGCAGCUACGACUCCAUCUUGGCGCUGGUGUGUAAGGAGUCCGGACAGGGAAAACCAGACCUGCACCUGUUCCAGUGCGACGACAUCAAGGCCAACUUAAUCCACAUGGACAUCGAGAGCGCCGUCAGCGAUCACAAGGGUGGAAAAGUCAAGAAGAGGCCGGAGGCGCUGAAAAUGAUCCUGAAGAGUGACGGGACCAUCCCUCCUCCCCCAGGAGGCCCCGCCCCCCAGCCUCCAGGAGCUGUCAAUCAGGGGGACGCCAAGAGCCGAGUGGCCAGUUGGUCUGCCUGGACCAAUGAGCAGCAGGACUAUGAUCCACAGAGACUGUACACAGAGCUGGACGGGUCGGCUGAGAUGAGCGCAGCGCAGGUGGACAGAGAUGUGCAAAUCCUCAAUCACAUUCUGGACGACAUCGAACACUUCGUCACCAAACUGCAGAAAGCUGCCGAGGCCUUUAACGACCUCUCCAAACGCAAGAAAACCAAGAAGAGCAAGAAGAAAGGACCUGGAGAGGGAGUUUUGACGCUGAGAGCUAAACCUCCGUCUCAGGACGAGUUUGUCGACUGUUUCCAGAAGUUCAAACAUGCCUUCAACCUGCUGGGGAAGUUGAAGAACCACAUUCAGAACCCCAGCGCUGUGGACCUGGUUCACUUCCUGUUCAAUCCGCUCAGACUGGUGAUCCAGAUGUCUGGAGGGGUUGAUCUGGCUAAAAGUGUCAUCGUUCCCCUCCUCACCAGAGAAGCCAUCGACUUCCUGCACGCGGCGGGUUCUGCGGAGGAGAGACACCUGUGGGUCACACUGGGAGACGGAUGGACCAAGUGCAGGUUGGAGUGGCCGAAGGAUCACCCGUUUCCUCCACACAUACUGCGUUUCCGGGAUGGCUGGGAGCCGCCGGUGCUGGUGUCGCGUGAGCAGGAUGUGGCUCAGCUGGCGGAGACGCUCAGUGCGGCACAAACCGAGGUUCAGAGACCGCCGCACCACCCGGUGGUCCAGGACUUCACCUGCGCAGACGGAAACCUGGAGGCUCACAGCAGGAACCAGCUGAGAAACUUUGCCAAAUCCAAAUAUGACUUUGUGGCCAGAAACAACACUGAACUGUCCGUGGUCAAAGACGAGGUGGUGGAGGUGCUGGACGACAGGAAGCAGUGGUGGAAGGUGCGGAACGGGGCGGGCGCUGCGGGAUACGUGCCAAACAACAUCCUGGAGAUCAGCAGGGCGGUGGACAUGACGGGCCGCGGGGAGCCCAUCUACAGCCACACCAUACAGAAGCAGCGGUCAGAUUAUGUGCCCAAGCCGACGGUGACGGAAGCCCCGCCCACACCGACGCCCCCUCCUCCUCCCGCCCCGCUGCCCCCCGCAGCCGCUCCACCACCGGUGGCUCCGCCCACCGACAGCGCCGAACAAAACGCCACCGACGCCAGCGAGAGCGACAGCGUGACGAUGAGAGACCAUCAGAGAGAGAGACCCGCGCCAGCCAACCGGCGGAAGUCCAACAUGGAGGAGGUUCAGGACGAGCUGAUGCACAGACUGACUCUGGGCCGCAGCGCUCAGAAGAAGUUCCAGGCUCCGUCUCGCUCCAGCAGCCUGCCGGCGGUCAACAUCACGUACGACUCCUCGCCGGAGGAGGUGAAGGCCUGGCUGGAGGUCAAAGGCUUCAGCGCCGUGACGAUCAACAGUCUGGGUGUCCUGACCGGCGCUCAGCUCUUCUCUCUGAACAAAGACGAGCUGAAGACCGUCUGUCCGGAUGACGGCGCCAGAGUCUUCAGCCAGCUCACCGUCCAGAAGGCUGCUCUCGAGAGGAGCUCCGGCUCGGAGCUGCAGGAGAUCAUGAGGAGGCGGCAGGAGAAGCUGGCGGCGGCGGCGGGCGAUUCCGGCGUGGAGUCCUUCGACGAGGGGAGCAACCACUGACCCCUCACUCACCUCUGUCACCUCUGACCUUUUUCAGGACGCCACGGAGCGCGCUCAGUUCGCAGCCAUAAUGCGCCGCCGUCAAGAACUCUUGGACCCGUCCGAUAACGGAACCGGCUCGGACGCAGACGAACACGCGUGAUGAGGAAGUUUGCUUUUUUUGUAGAGAGAAGUGAACGUUGCUGCAGCGUUCUCCGUAGGUUCCCAUCAGAACAUCAGAGCAGUAUGUAGUCUAGUGCCAUCCAGUUCUGCCUUGAGAAUAUUCACAUAUAUCUAUGAUCAUAUUUGGACAGAAAACUGAAGACUUUAAAUAUUCCCACAACUGGCUGGAAUUUGGACCAAAUAUUGAUUUGAUCUAUUAUUCACUACUGACGUCUUAUUUAUCAGCCGCUUUGAAUGUACGGGGAGAAUUAUGGGUAAGACUGUCAAACUUGUAGAUUUUUUUUUUAUUUACGAGCAUAAUAAUAUUUCUGUACAUGAUUGUUUUGUACUGAAUUGUACUGCCAAAAGAGAAGCUUUAUAAAUGUCAGAUCUGAAUUAUUUGAGUUUCACAAGGACGUUUGACAGAUUUUGGGCCAAAAUCCUCCUGCGGUCUCGUUCUAGUGAUGACGAUGAUGACAUCACACCUCAGACACAUGAUGACUCGUCACUCUUUGUCCCGUAUCGUGACUGAUGAUUGGCCAAAUCGCUCUGUGGGUUCAUGGUUUCUGUUUGCCGCACGUUCAGUCUGUAAAUAUAAAGUGUGUGUGCAGAAUAAAUGGAAUCAUGUGA